ACCAAGAGUUGACACUAAUUCAGUAGUACUUGACAGACUGAACAUUCUUCAAGUAAGUAAAUCAAUCUCCAACGCAACAGAUAUAAUAACAUUGCAAAAUAGUAAAACAAUAUACUGUGGAUGUUGAAAUUAUUAAGGCAAGACAUCUGUAGGGAGAGGAAUCGAGUGUUUCCUCAAGUCCAAUACCUUCAGAGAUUUUUUUAGUAACUUGAUUUUGGAAACACGCUUUGAAUUUAGGAUAUUCUGGUGAGUAGUUUUGCUCCUCUAACCGUGUCCUAAGAGGUAUUGUCCACUUCUUCACCAGCACUCUCAUCUCCUCCGAUUGAUUCUUCGGCCUGUGACAGCUCGAGAGUUCGGCGGAUCGAUAGGUUGCGUCUGUUGCCAGCGUGUUGCUGGGGGAGCGAGGUCCGAUUUGGUUUCAUUUAACUUCAGCGGAGAAUUUUUUUCCAUUUUAUGAAAAAUGGCGAGAGAAAAUACAAUGAAGCUGUCAAAGAACUUGCUGAGGAUGAAGUUCAUGCAGAGGAGUUUGGAUACAGAGACCAAGCAGCAAUUGGAAGAAGAGGAGAAAAAAAUAAUUAGUGAUGAGCACUGGUAUUUGGACUUGCCAGAACUGAAAGAAAAAGAAAAUCAUAUUAUUGAAGAAAAAAGUUUUGUGCCUUGCGAAGAGUUGCUGUUUGGCCGAAUGUCCUUUAAAGGUUUUAACCCGGAGAUUGAGAAACUAGUGGCACAGAUGUAUUCCAAGAAUGAAAAUGAAGAGCCUGAAGAUCAGAGCAAGAUGGAAGUAGAUGUUUCAGAUGAAGAAAUGGCUAGGAGAUACGAAAGCUUAGUGGGGUCUAUAAAAAGGAAGUUUACCAAGAAACGAGAUCGAUCUACUCUUCAAAGUGAAGAAACAGAAGGUAGCACCAGAGGUGGUAAAGUCAAGAAGACAUUCAUGAAGCCUCAAGAAUAAAUUACAUAAGUGUAGCUUUGAAUAUUUUCAUAAGCAAGGGGAUGAACUUCCUGUGUGAAACUCUGCAGCAGCUGGCUGCUUGUUGUUAAUUAAGGAAAUGUAUGGUUUGUUUGCAUCCAAAUUUUGGAGUUGGAAAGUUUUGCAGUUUGUUGCAUUGAGUAUUUUGAGAGAAGAAAUGAUUUUACUGUUUCCUUGUGUUGAAAGGUUACUGGUUGUUCUCUUCUGCAAUCCAGCAGUAUGUUAUAACAUCUCAAGUGAUCAGUUCAAUUAUGCUCAAUAAUGAGCAUAUCUUGGGACAGAACAAUAUCAAAAUCCAAACAUAAUAUUUAUGGUUUUACAGUUCUGAAAGAAGAUGAGGUAGUCUUCCCUGUCGGAUUUUCUACUGAUAAUAACUUAAAAUACCAAAAACAUAAAUAUUCUGUGAUAAGGAUGUUCAGGUUUCUCGUUCUCUUAGAUGUAUUUAUUAUAUGCGUUAGGAAGCCAAAUCAAGAUUGUCAGGAUUUGAAGUCCUCUAUCCUAGCUAGAUUCCAAAAAAAUCCUGAGAUUAAAUUCGUACAUGAUGUUAGCUAGUCUGUCAUUCUCUACCAAGGGUUGGUAGUAUGAUUUUUACUUUUCAGCUCUGAACCACUGAAAUCAUUCUUUCAUGGCAAAUUGGAAGGUCAGCUGCAGUGUAACUGUGGAACCAUUACAUCAUUUAAUGUGCAAUGCAUAAUACAACAUAUUUGAACAUCAUGUUGGAACUUCAGCUUGUUUUGAAAAAUUAAAGUACAUUUAAAAAUCUGAAUUUUUGAAUGCCUAUAAAAAGUAAUGGAUAUUUAUUAAAGAUUUUACUGAUUUUUAAAUGUAAAUGUA